CGCUUCUAGGGAUGCCGGCCAGCGCCUUCCUUCGAUGCUCUUGCCCUGUGCCCCCAACGCGAAAACUAAUUGCUUCACGUCCCGUCCCGUCGCGUCCGUUCAUCACGAGAAAUCGCUACUGACACCGCUCUCUAUCUACUAUCGGUUCCGUUCGUCGACGUCCUUUGCUACCGGGCUGGAUCUUGAACCCGAGCAACUUAUCCCCCAUUGAAUCCCAGCAACCCAUUGCCAUCGGUUAUACUUUAGUCUUUGGGCCGAGACUCGGGCCACCGCGCAUUUCCACCCGAAUCAUCUUGCCGUACCAGCAACGGCUCGUCGCGACCAACGUCCGGCUUCAACGCCGACUGAUCCAAAGUACCGAUAACCCCGCGGUUCAGUUUCACAGGUUAACGUUCCCCUACCCGCAUCAUUUCUCACAUGCCGCCCCACUCGUCUUAGGGGCUAGCCUCAUCCCAUCUUCCAACCUCAAGAUGCCGCCGAACAAGAUGGCGGGCAUCAAGGUCGGAAAGGCCGAGCGCAGCUUGAAUAGCCUGCCCAUGACACCCGAUACUCUGUUGCAGCAGUCCGUCCGAGCUGCUGCUGCUUCUCCCUACGACACAGCUCCGUCGUCUGCUGCCACCAUGGCAUACCAUACGCCACUCCGUGCAAUCAAGCCCGAGCCGGAUAGUGCCCAUAUCAAGCAGGAGAUGAACUACCAAGAGUAUCAAGCCGCCAUGGGUCCCAAACCUCCGCUUCACGAUGCUGCUGGCUCGGCCCCGGACCACGCGCCCGACGCUGCCGGCAAUCUCGAGCAGGACCCUCGAGAGGAAGAGUCCCGUCUGCUCGAGCAGUGGACUGCAACGGCAUCGCCUGACGACCUUGAGAGGGUUGUUGGAGCCGGCAUGGAGCUCCUCGAGGACCUCAAGGCCCCUCUUAGCUUCACAGCCUCCCUUCCCGAGACCCAGGCCUCGGCGUGGCUGCAGGCUAUCAACGACCUUCAGGCCCGCUCUCAACCAUCCCGCACCAUUGUGGGCGUCGUCGGAAACACGGGCGCCGGCAAAAGCUCCGUCAUCAACGCCUUGCUCGACGAGGAGAGGCUUCUUCCGACCAACUGUCUGCGUGCCUGUACCGCUUCUCCCACUGAGAUUUCCUACAACCACUCCCAAGAUCCCGAGGAGCUGUACCGCUCCGAGAUCCACUUCAUCUCCCUCGAGGACUGGCAGAAGGAGCUCAAGACUCUCUUCACCGAUCUCAUCGACGACAAUGGCAACAUUUCGCGCGACUGCACCAACGAAGACAGCGAAGCAGGGAUCGCAUACGCCAAGAUUCGGUCCGUCUACCCGUCCAAGACGAAGGAGAUGAUUUCCAAGAGCACCCCUGAGCGUUUGGCCAACGAGGCCGCUGUUGCCCGCGCCCUCGGAACCGUCAAGAAGCUCAAGGCGACCACGGCCCAAGACCUGUAUGCCAGCAUGCAGCGCUACGUCGACAGCAAGGAGAAGAACCCGCACACCAAAAAGGAUGUCUCCAUGGAGUUCUGGCCCCUCAUCAAGGUGGUCCGCAUCUUCACCAAAGCAACCGCUCUGUCGACUGGCACCGUCAUCGUCGAUCUGCCGGGUGUGCAGGAUUCCAACGCUGCGCGAGCCGCCGUUGCCCAGAACUACAUGAAGACAUGCUCCGGUCUUUGGAUUGUCGCUCCCAUCAACCGUGCAGUCGAUGACAAGACCGCCAAGUCCCUUCUUGGCGACUCGUUCAGGCGCCAGCUCAAGUACGACGGCAUCUACUCCGCCGUCACCUUCAUCUGCUCCAAGACUGACGAUAUCUCUGUGACCGAGGCUGCUGAGAGUCUCGACAUCGAAUCCGACAUAUCCGAGUCCUGGGCCAAGAUUGAGAGCUUGCGCAGCAAGAUUCGAGGUCUGAAAGAGGCGCUCAGUAAUGCCAAGGAUGAGAAGUCGGACCUCGUCGACUCUUUGGAGCAAAUCGAUAGCGACUGGGACAAGUGGGACGACCUCGCAGUCCAGCAUGCGGCAGGCGAGGUCGUCUAUGCUCCUUCGGAUUCGUCAAAGAAGAGCAAGAAGCGCAAGCGCGGAGCCUCUACAUUCAAGAGCCGGAAGAACCACCAUAGGUCAUCUGAUUCUGACGAUAGUUCGGACGAUUCAGAUGCCAAUUCGGACAGUGAUAAGGAAAACAACCCCGACAUGGAGAAUCGACAGCCGUUGACCGAGGAUAAGAUCCAGGAGAAACAGGCAGAGCUCAAGAUGCUGAAAAAGGAGGUUCGCCAGAGCCGCAAGGAAGUGGACGCCAAGAUUUCCGACAUUCGACAGGAGAUGAAGAAGGUUCAAUCUGAAGAGGAGCGGCUGCUUGGCAUGGUUAAGUCUGUCUGCAUCCAGGGCCGAAAUAGAUACUCGAAGGGUGCAAUCCAGCGAGACUUUGCUCUCGGCAUCAAGGAGCUGGACCAAGAAGCCGCCAUCGAGGAAGAUGAAAACCAGUUCAACCCCGACGAAGACAUGCGAGACUACGACGAGGUUGCCCGAAACCUGCCAGUGUUCUGUGUCAGCAGUCGUGCGUAUCAAAACAUGCGAGGCAGGCUUCAAAAAGACGACUUCAACAACGGCGGCUUCCGCAACGUUGAAGAGACGGAGAUUCCCCAACUUCAGCAGCACGCGAAGAAGCUCACCGAGAGCGGCCGUGCUGCCACCUGCCGUCGUUUCCUCAACGAAAUGUGCCAGCUUCUGAACUCCAUGAAGAUGUGGGCUGCCAACGAUGGAUCUCAGUCUGUUCUCAGCGGCCGAGAACAGAGGAAGGAGGAGACGAUGCUAAGAGCCCGGCUGUCUACGCUUGAAAAGGUACGUUUAGUGAACCACCCCGCUCGACCGGGCAUUAACCCAACUCUCAACCAGGCCUUCGCCGAGGCGGUCGAUGAAUGUGUCACCGCCAUCAAGGAUGCGCUGUCGGAGAGCAUCUACGACUUUUUCGAUGAGAUAAUACCGACUGCGUCCAACGCCGCGGUCCCCACAUCGUCGGGCUGGGGAGCGCAUCGUAACGAAGGCGGCAUGUACUGGGCCACCUACAAGGCAACCUGUCGCCGGGGUGGCGUGUUCACCAACGCCUCUGGUCGCCACGAUAUGAACGCGGAUCUUCUCGAGCCCAUCUCCCGGAGACUCGCUGGUGGAUGGGAGCGGGCGUUCCAGCGUCGCCUCCCACAAGCUCUCGAGUCUUUCGCCAUGAAGGCUCGCCUGCUGCUGGAGAACUUCCACCGCAACGCCAUUGCCCCAUCGCAGGAGCGAGGAAACAACUACACGGGCAUCAACAUGCUGAGCAACCAGCUGCGAACACACACGAUUCGUCUAAAGGAGAUCCCGCCGAUGCUCCAGACGAUUGCCCAAGAGUUGCAGCGCGAUGCCAACCGCGGAUUCCACCCGGUCAUCCAGGAGGAGAUGCAACCGGCCUAUGCCGUUUGCGUUGCGGAGUGCGGUAGGUUCUGCCUCUAUAAUUCAUCCACUUGUUGCUUUACUCGGCAGCCACUAACGUCAGAACACGCAGGUCCUGGCUCCUAUGUGCGCAUGAAGAGCCACAUGGCCAACCACGUGGAGAACUCUCGCCACAGCAUGUUCCGUCACUCCACUGACAGCGUCAAGGAGCAACUCCAGACCUUGUCCAGCCGGAUCGAAGACGUGAUGGCUGCGCAGGUGCAGGACAUCUACAAUCUGCUUGCUCGGGACUACUUGGCCGUCAUUGCGGGCAUUGAUAGCGUUGUCAAACCCUACGGUGUUCCUCGCGCCGAGCGUUUGCUCCGGGCCGAGAUGUAUCUCCUGUUGGAGAAGACCGACAAGUGGUUCACUCGGCCCGACUCGACGUAUGGCUCUGACGCUGCAGUUGCCUCUGACGAGGACAGUGAUCCUUUUGCUGACGAGGCUGGAGCUGGUGUAAAUGAUGUGGCGGCCGCUCCGUUGGGCGAUGGCGGACUUAUGGCCAUCAAGAGAGAGCCGGUUCACUAGUUCUGUCGUCAGGCCACCGUUUUCUUUUUUUCUUUUCUAGAAAGCUUCGAUGGGAAGGAAAAGCAUGGGUCGAUUUGGUCUUUGAGUGUACUCUGGGCGUUCGAAAAUCCCGUCUUUGCGUUUGGUUUCUGAAGGGAAAUUCUAUUUCAGUUGAGCGUGGGAUGGAUGCACAAGAUACCCGACUGCUUGAUAUGGGCGUUUUUCUAGGCAGAAAUCUGACGAAUGCGUACU